AUGAUGAAGGGGAGCCUCUGUAUGAGGAUUUUAUCUGCCAGGUGUGUGCAGGAGUUUUGUUCUUUCUUGAUUCUUUAUCCUAUGUCCAUUUGGGUAGCAGUUAAGAAGCACAAUGCUGUAAAUGUGACAAAAGACAAAGACGUGGUGGAAAUUGCACCUUCAGCCUGUGGAACCUCUCGGAAACUUGAGAAUGGAAGUUGCUCUUCUGACUCUCCCAAAGUAGACUCUACUGCAAGUGCUAAUUUUGAAAAUGUGUCUGCUGUUGGAGAAAAUUCUGACAAGAAUGCCGAUUCAAAUCAAUGCAUACAAGGUACUGGUCCAAGCACAGAAUGUGUUAUUGGAGUUGAUCUGGUUGCUGCUCCGUGUAACCUAGACAAAAGUAAACCAAUGUUUCUUUCUAAAAACUGGAGAGACCUGCUGUGCACAUGUGAAAAAUGUGCAGAAUUCUACAAACACAAGGGAAUUGGUUUCUUGCUCGACAAGGAGGACUCAAUUGUAGAGUAUGAGAAAAUGGCAAAGCAAAAGAGGGAUGAAAAGUUGCAGCAACAAGAAGGUGUCGAGUUAACUCUUCUCAAUAAUCUUGGUCAUGUACAGAAAAUGGAGAUUUUGAGUGGCAUUGCUGACAUGAAAAAUGAGAUUCAUUCUUUCCUGGAAUCCUUUGACUCAUCAAAGCCAAUCACAUCAGAUGAUGUCCACCAGGUUUUCGAGAAUCUUGCCAAGAAACGGCGACGCACGCCUUAA